ACCGUCAUGCGUUGCGUAGCCGGCGCGUCCAUUCAAGUCGGGUCGGCGGUACGCCCCCGCUUCACCCUAUUUUCACCCCAAUACCCGCGUCCCUCGUGGAAACAAUCUUCAGUUCGCGUUUUACCCGCACUGGGGCUGCCUGUCGCUCGCCGCCUCUGCUGCGAAAACACCGCGAUCUUUCUCAAACUAGUGCAAUAUUCAAAACAAUUCGAAUUUCGACUUGUGUUCCAUUUUAGUUUUCGUUUAUGAUUGUUGCAAAUAGUUUUUAGUGUUUAAGUUUCGGCCAGUGUUUUAUUGUUUAUAUAAUUAUAUUUUCGGCGUGUGUUAGUGUAUGUUUUGUGGACAUCCGCAUUUAGCAAACUUACAUACAACCACACCAUUCGAUUUCAAUUGAUUGUCUGUCGGCGUAGAAUAACGGUAUCAAAGGAGAAUUCUCAACGUCACUCCGAUAUAUUGCCAGUCGCACUAAGAUUGGGCGGUGAAGCGCAUCGGAGGACGGUUUGAUGGGGCGGUGACCCAGCAUGCGCCGCGUGCCGCUAGCCGCGCUGCUGCGGCUUAUCAUCAUAGCAGGCGGCGCCAAUUUCGUUAACCCAUACGUCAGUGAAGAGCGCGUUGACCUCAACCAAGUAUGGGUGGAGAUACCUUCAACCCUCGUGGCUUUAGGAGGCGACGUGCACAUUCGAGUCCACGGCACAACUGGAGCAGGCCUCAAGGUCCGCAUCGCUCGAGAAGACGAUGACGGACGAGCACUCCUCGCUACAAUGCCUUUAGCACUAGACUCUGAAAACCGCAUGACCUUACCUUGCGGCUACUUCUCAAGAGGAGGCACCUACUACCUAGAAGUCAUCUCAGAUAAGGAUCCUUAUUUACCAGAUUAUGAGAACACGACAGAAGGGAAGCGUGAUGUGGAAGUCAGUAAUAAGGUGAAGAGAGACGUCAGUGAUGGUAGUCUGAUGGAGACUGGAGAUAGCGUGGUGAAGUCCUGGAAGUUUGACGUGAUGUGGCCAACUGCAAACCUGGAUGUCACACCAGAACAGAUUCAGACGUACCCUGAGAGGCAGGUGAUGGCUAUACUGGAGUUCCCCAGGGUGGUGUGUACUCCUAUUGAGUCGAGCGCAGAUUUUUGGUUGGAGCUGCUGUAUUGUGGGCAUUCUAGCGGUGGAGCUGUACUGUGUGAUGGAAAGAAUACCAGCUCACAUGCCCAUGUUCUGUAUUCUGAACAGAUGCAUGGUUUCCCUGGUCGUCGAACGAUGACACUGCGCUGUGAACUCUUUGGUCAGGCUGGAGACUAUGCGCUGACACUGAGACCUGCAGCGGCUGCAGGGCCACAGGAUCUCGCCACCGCUUUUAUCAAAGCGGAUUGGUCGGAGCAGUUCGUCCUGAACGUGCAUGGAGGUUCAGUGUUUCCAUGCGGAGAUGGCGUCAGGGUGUUAUUCCAAUACCCUGAAUGUGUUCUGGAGGGCGCUGACCGGGUUAGAGUGUUCGGGAGGGACGCUGACCGGCUGCGGUAUGUCGCUGAGAGGAGGGUUCGAAGAGGUCAGCAUACAGUGUCGUUCGACUGUCGGCUGUUCAGCGAGCGGUACCCAGAGUACUGCUUCGUGUACGUCUCGCAAGCUGUGACAGGCGCCGUCGCUGACGUCAGAAUGGACUGCCUACCCACAUUGCCGCUCUCAGCAGAUGGUGGUGCUGGUGGCUGGGGGCAAUGGUCGGCAUGGUCAGCGUGUCCCGCUCCGGCACAUUGCUCUACUCGCACGCGCAGUAGACACCGCUUUUGUGACUCCCCUCCACCUGCUUACGGUGCCAAGUUCUGUGAGGGUCAAGCAGUCGAGCUGGCAGCAUGUGAGUGUGCAGCGCAACCUUGGGCGGGAGACUCGUCGAUGGUGGUAGCAGAAGUUGGUGCCAGGUGUCGAUGUGGUUGUGUACUGCACCUCGCACCCACUGCCAGGCUGCUGGCCGGUUCCGCCAGAGCCUGUCCUGCUCGAUCAUUCUGGCUUCUAAGGGCUGAAGAAGGUCUGGUAGUCAGACUUCGUAUGGAGGCGGUGCGACUACCGUGUGCUGGACAAUCGCUGAGGGCCAGAGAUGGUGACUCUUUGGGGUCACCACUGCUGGCUUCCUGGGAUGGACCUGACAGUACUGCUGUGACAUCUGGUGACGUGGAGACCACGACAGAUGGUAGUGGCGUGAUGGAGAUAGCUGGAGGUCGUCACAUCCUGGUGGAGCUGCGGUCUGGGGACACCAGCGACCGGUGUGCUGGCGGGUUCCUAGCUCAUGCCACGCAAAUUGAACCGAUUCGCAAUGCGUCAGCAGCAUGGGCUUCAGUGAGUGGUGGGAUGUGGUGGCGAGGUGGUAGUGGUGCGAGGGAGGCUGCCGUGGCACUCGCAGCUGCUGCAGCGCUGGCCGCACUCUGCCUAGCGCUGCACUCAGCGCACCGGACCAGAGCUUACCAGCGCGCUGCUGAUAAAGAGUCGCUCACCGACAGUGACGCAUGUUCAGCGUCACUGGAGUUAGGUGAAGCACCAACAGGGUCGCGCAGCACUCUUCUAUCCGAAGUGGUGGGUGGUGGCGUGUCACUGCGGAGACUGCUGCCUUCUGGAAAGACCAGGCACACGAGACUACGGGACUCUGACAGGCAUUCUGAAAACGUGGAACAGAGGGAUGAAGAGGAUCCCGGAACUGACAUAGAAGCAGAACCAGACAACACAAGCGUCGCGAGUGCAGAAAGUGUUGCCAGUCAAGCGACAGUCACUCCUGAGACGGUGUCGUCUAGCAGUGCCCCUGUUACUGGCAACAUUCCACCUUCACCACUUCGGAGAUCUCAUACUGUAUCUGUGACUAAUGUGUCGCAGACACAUGUGCCACAGGCUACUUCACCACCCCAGUCUACAACUGACUCUUUGGUGGUUGAAAUGAGCACCAGCGUGAGCAGUGUGAGUGAACGAGACAGCUGUAGCGAGAAAGAUAGAGACAGCUGCAUGUGGGACAAGGAUAGAAGCGAGAGCAGAGCAUCGUCGUCAACAUCUGCUGCAACAUUGACUAAUGGCUGGUAUUCACCAGCUCUUAGCGGUGUAUCUGCAGCCAAGAUCAGGGUCAACCCAAAGCAUACCAAAGAGUCUUGCAACCGUCGCCUAUUGAGGUCAGAUCUCAGCCUGACCUCACACCCGGAGAUGGAAAUCGACUAUUAUGACUAUGAAGUUAAUAAUGCUGGUUCAGUUCCUGGCUCGUAUUUGGGAAUGGAUCCAGCUUUCCUUGUUUGGAUCCCACCGCUUGAAGAAGGCGAUAUUCUAAAGGAGAUUGAUGAAAACAAAGUGCCAAUAUAUGAGGAAAUUUUACCAAAGGAUCUGCAUCCUGAUCCUGGUAGCAACACCGAGUCACCUGAAGAUAGACCCUCAUCGAGCACUCUCAAGAGGAACCCCGACAAUCGCAUCAACAGAUCAAACGAAUCCAUCAAAUCAUUCCGCAAAGUUAUCGAAAAGGGAAACAUAAUACACCCGUUAAACUUUAGCAUAAGUGAUUUGCAAAACUCUCCUAAAAUGACAAAGAGGAAUAAGAAAAAGAAAGCUGAAAGUCCCGUUACGAUACAAAUGAAAGAUUUGACGCUAACACGAUCUCCAGUGAGAGUGCAUAGAAAAGAGAAUCGAAGUGACUACGAUACGUCGACAUUAAAAAGGGUAAAUGAGGCCAAAGAAAAAGAUUCUGGGACACUGAAAAGAAAUGAUUUCUCAGAUAUAAAAUUCGCUGAUGAAAAUUCAGAUUCGUCAAGCGAAAUUAAAUUUGCCGAUGAUUCACCGGAUAGCAAUAGGAUUGUUGAUAAAUAUAAUGUUAAAACUUAAUUAGGAUACUUCGUUGGAAUCCUUUAAAUAGAUACUGCAUUUACUCAUUAUUUAAAAACGAUAUAAGUAUUAUACCUACUCCAUUUCUGAAAUGCGAAUGUUUUUUUACCACUUCUUGAAACAUGAAAAUCAUUAAAGCUAUUAUGAACAAUCACAGAUUUAAAAGCGAAUUAAUUAAAGUAUAUUUUAUAUAUUUAAGGGAUAAAGUACAUUUUAAUUUGAUAACAAACAUUUCCAUUCCCAUUAGUUGAGUAUAAGGACCAAUCUGUGAAUAAAUCCGACAUAUUAUAGCUUUCAUAUCAUCAAAAUAAUAUUUUUCAAUGUCAUUGUACCAUUUAUCAUUGGUAUAAGGUAGUAACACAUUUAGUUAUAGAAUUUUAUAAUCAAGCUAAUCGUCAGUAGUAUUGUAGAUUUCACUUGGCUCUCACUAUUAAAUAGAUGAAUGAAGAUACUGCUUGAAAUGUAGAAAGAGAUGAAAAGUUAUUGACAAUGGUGACCCGAUGAAAGUGGUAUAAGUAUUGAAGAUAGUUGGUCCUUUGCGCCGAAUGUAAGCAUUCGAUAAUGAUAGUAAUCUUAUUCUACAUUUAAAGUGAAUUGAUGUUACUCGCAUUGUAUAUACUCAUAGCAUUUUCCGAUUGUUCUCACGUAAUAUUUAUUUAGUUUUUAUCAAUUAAAUAAUAACAUCGCUGUGCCCACGCUGCCAAAGAGUAGUUAAUUUAAUAUCCUAAGUUUCAGUCACUAUUUUUAAUCUUUAUUAGAAGACUGACUUUCGGGCAGUGCAAUAAUAUAUAUCGAAAGUAAUCUGCUAUCUUAAAAAUUCUAGUAAUUUUGUUAAGAAGCGAUUAAUUAAAAACUUUUAUUUUGCUGUCUAAGCAUCUCAGUAAUUCUUCGACGAGUUUUAAAUUACUCUUUUUUGGUACGAAGUAUUCUAACGGAUAUAAUUAUAUAAUAAUUAUGAGUAAAAGCAGAAAUAAAUAAUCCACGUUUAUUAUAAAGUACCGGAUUGUAGGCUUAAUUUAUGUAUUUGCAUUUAUUUUUAAAGAUGUAACUAGCAAUAAGUAUUGUUUUUAAUAUUAUUUGUAUAGGUUUGUAUGUCCUUAAAUAGGACAAGUUGUUUUAAUGUUUAAUAUGUGGAAAAUCGAUUAAAGACAUUUUGAUUUUGUAAUUUGA